GAUUUUGUAAACACAGUUCGGUCUUAAGAUAGUUCAGUUUGACAUUGAAUCCAGCGCGAUGUUACGAGGAAGAAUUGAAUAAUUAAUAUUGGAGGCUGCCAAGAGUUUUGGAAUGCAAUAUUCUGUCGUUUAUAUCACUCUUGUUUAAAAACAACUCCUCUGAAAAUUUCCAAAAUACUGGAAGAUCGUAUUUGUUCAUCUUCGAUUUUUUUCCCCUCAUUAUUAUGUGUUGUUUCAAACAAACGUGAAACGUUGUUCUAAUUAGAGGUUUACGUGACUAUAAGAAACAUGGCUGAUGGGCAAGAAUCGCAGAAAUUAAUUAUAGACGAUAUCAUAAAAAAGGAAUCGAUACAGGAGAAUGAUAUUUUAAGAGAGCAUUUAUACAAUCAUUCAGAAAGGAAAACUAACUUGCAUGAAACUUGUAGUGAAGUGCUGGCGCGCUUUCUAUAUGAAAAAUGUGAGGCUUGCGGGAAAAUAUUUUCUACUGAGAGCAAUUUAAGAAGACAUUUACUUAUUCACACCAAUGAAAGGCCUUUCGUUUGUGAGAUAUGCGAUAGAGCUUUUGCCGGGAAAAGUACAUUACAGGCGCAUUUCUCUACUCAUUCAAAUGAAAAACCUUAUAUUUGUGAAGUGUGUGGAAAAGCAUUUUCUGUAUUGGCUAGUUUCAGGAAGCAUUCUUUCCUUCAUUUAAACUUGAAACCUCAUAAAUGUGAGAUAUGUGGAAAAGCAUUCAAUAUAAAGGGCAACUUAGGAAGGCAUUUACUUAUUCAUACAAAUGAAAAAGCUCAUGUCUGUGAUAUAUGCAAGAAAGCAUUUACUCAGAAAGGCCAUUUAGAUGCUCAUCUUCUCACUCAUACGAGGGAGAGAACACAUAUAUGUGAGAUCUGUGGAAAAGGUUUCAUACGAAAAACUCAUUUGCAAAGGCAUUUUCUAUCUCAUACAAAAGAAAAGCCUUUUGAAUGUGAUAUCUGUGGUAAGCCUUAUCAAAGUAAAUUCAGUUUGAACAAACAUUUGUUAGCUCAUUCAAAAAAGGAGCAUCUUGUGUAAGACUUGCAUCUCUAAGUAUAGGUGAAAAUCGAGUGGCUAGACUUAAGAUUAAUGUCCGAUCUCCAAAGUUGAAUAAUUGAAAUUCUUACUGAAUGUAAUCCUGUUCAUUUUUAUGGUAACCCUAAAAUCCCAUUUCUACUAUACUUACUUAUAUUUAAUUACUUGUAGCCAUCCCUGAUGGCGAAAUUUUGGCACAUGUUUGGAGAUUUGGCACUAUAUUGUCGCACUUGGGGAGAAAGCGUGCACUAAUCUUAUAUCUUAUCGAUCGGACAAAGUUUUUCUUCAAAGGUCAAAUUUAACUCGAAGAUCAAAAUUCCUCAAGCAGCUAUUUAAUCUGAUGCCGGCUUUACAUUCGGACAGUUAUAAGACGGCAAGUAGGCAACGCAUGCGUAGAAAGGCUGAAAAUGCUGUUUAGUUGAUGGCAAAUAAUUGUAACGACGGGACAACUACAAGUCGCUCUACUGUAUUUAUUUAUUUUUUUACUGCGCAUGUGUUUGUUUAAUUUGGCGGUUUAUUUUACCAUGUUUCUUUGUAUAAAUAUCCUUCAUUUUAAUACAAUGCACAAUAAAAAAGAAAAAUUCAGGGAAGCCAAAACAGCAAUUUAUAGCCAAGCAUGGAAUGCCUGAAUCUAUCUUAUGAAAUUGUCACAAACAUAAAUUAGUCCCUUUUUGCGCAUGCGCUAGUACUUGCUGUUCUUAUAAUUGGCCGAGUGUAAAUCCGGCAUGAUGUUUAGUAAAUAAGAUGGAACAUUCACAAGAGUGAAAAAAAUCCAUUCAAAAAUUUUCUUCAUAUUUUAUCGAAUUACCAGGAUAUCUAACUUUAUUUGACUUUUUUUUUUUUUUUUUUUUGUAUCAAAACGUUGUGAGACUUGAAAUUUCUUUGAAAAAAAAUUCGUUUUAAAUACCAAUUUGUUAAUCCGAAAUAUUGGUUUUCCUUGCUAUUUAUCUAUUAAUGUGAAAUACCUUCUGUUUUAAAUUCUAACUUUUUAUUUGAUGAGAUAGAAAAAUAUGAAUUAUGUGGAAAUAGAUUACCUUUGUCUGCUCAUGGUCAAAUUUAACAAUAAAUAUUAAUUGAUGAAAAAAUCAAAAUAAUAGCGUCAUUUUAUGGAUACAUAUAUGCGAGAUCCUUCAAAAUAAUUUGAUGCUUAGAAAAACUAAAAGGAAUAAACCUGAGAAAAUACUUAUAUUUCCAAAACAUUAUCAAGAUAAAUGUUUUAAGAACUAACAGUCAUAUCUUUCCAAAUAAUAAAAAUUUGUGGCCAGUAACUCGUGUGUUUAUAAUUUUGUAAUUAAAAUAAAACUAAAAAUCUGUUUUUAGAAAGCCAAUCAAAUAUCCGUUGCCACUUAAUAAAAAGUAUUAAUUUAAUGGGAAUACAUUUUAUUAAAGAAAA